AUGGUAAUUUAUCAAGUUAUCUCAAGGACAGAGCGGAAUGAGGCUUGUGGUGGGGAUGAGGCGCGUGGUGGGGAUGAGGCGCGGAAGGGGAUGAGGCGCGGACCCCCCUUGCUUCCCCUCCUUUCCCCCCCUUGCUCACCCCUCCUUUUUUCCCAUGCUUCCCCUCCUUUUCCCCGUUGCUUCCCCUCCUCUCCCCCUCUGAUUCCCCUCCUUCCCCCCCAUGCUUCCCCUCCUUUUCCCCCCUGCUUCCCCUCCUUUCCCCCCUUGCUCACCCCUCCUUUCCCCCCUAGCUCACCCCUCCUUUCCCCCCUUGCUCACCCCUCCUUUCCCCCCUUGCUCACCCCUCCUUUCCCCCCCUUCUUCCCCUACUUUCCCCCCCUGCUUCCCUUACUUUCCCCCCCUGCUUCCCCCCAUGCUAGCCCCCUCCCCUUCUUCCCUCCCUCGUCCAGUCUCCUCACUUGCUCCCUUCCUCUCUACCGCCCUUCCCCCCUUCCUCUCUGUCCCGCCUUUCCUCCCUUGCCUCCCCUCAUUUACUUUACCCCCUUUCUUCCCUUCCUUUUCCCCCCUGCUUCCCCCUCAUUUCCCCCCCUGCUUCCCCUCAUUCUCCCCCCUGCUGUCCAUUAUGCUUCCCCCUUGCUUACUCACCUUUCCUCGUGCUCACCAUCCUCCCCCCUACUCACCCCUCCUUCCUCUCCAGUUUACCCUCUGUUUCUCCUCUCCUUUCUGGCAGGAAGGAUACCCUCCCCCCCUCCGUCCCUCCCCCCCUCUGUCCCCCUCCUCUGUCCCUUCCCCUCUGUCCUUUCCCCCUCCUUUCCCUCCCCCUCUGUUUUCCCCCACCUCUGGCACUCCCCCCAUCGAUCCCUCCCCCCCACUGUCCCUCCCCCUGUGUCCCUCCCCUUCUGUCCAUUCCCCUCUCUGUCCCUCCCCCCAUCUGUCCCUCCCCCCCUGUCUCUCCUCCUCUGUCCCAUCCCCUUGGAGAGAAUGAGGGAGGAAGUGCAGUGCGAUAGGAAAGACGGUCUCUCACUGUUCGAUCUCACGUCUGGCGCCUCUGCUGCCCCUGCUGCCGAUGCUGACAGCACUGUUCGCUCACAGUGGGCCACACGCGAUGCUGCUGCCCGUCUUGCUGUGCGUAGUCACCUGCCGUCCACUGAGCGCGCACACUUUAGUCAGUACAAGAGUGCUAAGACCUUGUACGACGCUGUAGUUGUACACUACUCUUCCCUUGCCAUUGCUGCCCUUAGCCGACUCAUGCUGCCGUACCUGUUCCCUGACCUCGCCGCCUUUCCCACUGUCGCUGACCUCAUUACGCACCUUCGCACUAGUGACACCCGCUACCGCGCUGCGCUUCCUGCUGAGUUCUGCGCCAAGAACCCCCCCCCCAUGUACAUCACCCUCUACUACAUAGUCACCCGGCUCCCUGACUCCCUUCGCUCGGUCAGGGACCACUUCCUCUCUGUUUGCCCCACCACACUCACCGUUGACCUCCUCGAGGAGCGCCUCCUAGCAGCUGAGAAGAGUUUAGUCGCUAUAGGAGCCUCUCGUGGUGACCCUCGUGCCCCCUUCUUUAAGGGGUGCUCCCCCUCCCCCCUUUUGCCCUCUGUUGCCUCUGCUGCUGCCGUCGACUUCGUUGGCACCGAGUCAGUCGGCGCUGCGUCUGGCCCUAGCGGGAGACGCCGCACCGGCAAGGGCAAGGGGGGCAAGGGAGCUAGAGGGGCUGGUGGGGGCGGUGGAGGUGGCGGUGGAGGCGGCGGAGGGAGUGGGGGUGGCGAUGGGAGUGGUGGCGGGGGUGGGGGCUUCGGUGGCGGCGGUGGAGGCAGAGGCGGCAGCGGCGGUGGCGGUGGGAGCGGAGGAGGAGGCGGUGGCGGCGGUGGCGGAGGUGGCGGCGGCGGAGGUGGAGCUGGUCGGGGUGGCUCUGCGCAACGGAGCGGCUUCGGUGGUGGUCACCGCCAGCAGCAGGAGCGCACUCGUGACACCCCGCCCCCCCCCAGCAGCUUCGUGAGUGGUACGCUGAGCGUCAGCGGGGUGGGGGUGCUGGUCCUUGUGCUACGUCCUGCGUACCGGCGACCGCACUGGUGA